AUGAAAACACCGGAGGAUGCACUAUUAUGUCCCAUUACAUUAGAACUAUUUCGUAAUCCUGUCAUGGCACAAGAUGGUCAUACAUACGAGAGACAAGCCAUCGAAGAAUGGAUACGAAAAAAUGGUACAAGUCCUAUUACGAACCAACAGAUAUCACUAGAGCACUUAGUUCCAAAUUAUGCAAUAAAAAAAAUGGUCGAUCAUUUUGAAAGUUCAUUGCAUAACAAAAAUUUCCAAUAUACUCUUGAUGUGGACGUAAAAAAGAAAAAAGGUCGACCGUUAUUUCAAACAUUUGGAAAAACUAUCUAUUCUGCAGAAUGGUUACCAAGCAAUGCUGGCUGUCCGGAGAUAAUAUUGUUAAAAAUUGAUGGUGCACGCGCCAAUAAAGAAGCUUCGUUCUAUGUUAAUCUUAGUCGUCAUCCACAUAUUGUUCGAACAUUUGGUCUGGUACAUGAAGACGAUGGUGACAAAAAUUCUAUAAUAUUGUUGCAAGAAUAUGCAUCUGAAGGAAGUCUUUAUGAACUUCUGACCGAGCGAAAAAAACCAAUUGACGAAAAAAUUUUGAUUGAGAUAUUUUGUCAAGUCCUUGAUGCAAUGAGUUAUUUAGCAUUAAAUGAUGUGGUCCAUGGUGAUUUAGCUUGUCGUAAUGUACUUGUGUUUCGUUUUGACGAAAACGAUCCAAGAAACAAUGUAGUCAAAGUAGCAGAUUUUGGACUUAGUCGUUAUAGUAAAAUUUAUAGUCAAACAACAACUAUGGCAAGGACAACAUUAAACAUUAUUCCCAAACGGUAUUGUGCACCAGAAAUACUUUCAACAAAUGUAACAGCAAAUGAUUAUACAGAAAAAUCGGAUGUAUAUUCCAUGGGUGUAUUAAUGUGGGAAGCAUAUUCUCGAGGUGCUAUACCUUGGACUAAUAUCGAAAGUGAUGAUGAUGUCGUUCGACGAGUUAGAAAUGGGGAUAUACUACCUAAACCAACAAAUUGUAGUCCACAGUAUUGGGAUAUCAUUACUAAAACAUGGAAUAAAUUAUCUAAUCAACGACCAACAUUUGAUCAACUAAAAAAGCUGUUCAAAGAUCAAUUAUAUCAAACUACAACGUCGGCAUCUAAACCAAGUAUGUUUUAA